UAUAGUAUCAAUAAAUUUCAAUUAUUACCUUUUUAUAUAGUAAUUUAUUCUUACAUUAUAGUUUCGAAAGUGAAAUGGCACAACCACCAUUAACACCACCAACCACUAGUACUAUUAUUCCACCAUUCGUCGGCCUCAUCGUGAGGAUUCUUACGUUCAUUUGCUUGUUGAUUUCACUCAUCGUGAUUUCCACCAACACUCAUACGACUUUUGAUGAUUAUGGUGAUGAAUACAAAACUAAGUUCAAUGACUUUAUCGCUUACAGAUAUUUGAUUUCUACUGUGGUUAUUGGACUGGCAUAUACUCUUCUCCAAACUGCAUUUUCAAUUUCCUUUGUGACAACUGGAAAUCGUCUUGGUGGUGAGGGAUUUUGUGUAUUUGACUUUUAUGGUGAUAAGUUUAUUUCCUACUUCCUUGUUACUGGAGCAGCAGCAAGUUUUGGGAUGACACAAGAAAUAAAGAGACUUGCAGGCAAUGAUAAUAAAUUUCUCAACACUUCAAAUGCUGCAGCCAGUCUUUGCCUUUUGGGAUUCUUUUUUGCUGCUGCUUCAUCUAUUUUCUCUUCUUAUAAUCUUCCCAAGAGAGUUUGAUUUUAAAAAUAAAAAAUAAAAAAAAACUUGGUUCAAUCCAAUAAUAUGACAGAUUAAUUAUUGUAAGAUUCUGAAGUUUUUUUUUUUGUUUUUUUGUUUUUGGCUACAUUGGGUCAAAAGGUGUCAUGUAAUGUUAAGUUGUAAUUUGUAUUUAUUUUUUUUAAAAAUGUAGUCAUAUGAUUUU